AUGCAAGAUACAAAUGAAUGGGUUAAUUGGAUUGAGGAAUCAGUAGAUAAAGAAUUUUCUAAAUCAUUUGAAUAUAAAGAAUUUAAUAAUAUUCAACAUAUUGGUACCGGAGGUUUUGGAAAUACGAAAAAAAAUGUAUUAUAUAUUAAAAUACCUCACGAAUGA